AUGGUGGUGAAACUGGGCGUACGAUGGUUGAGAUCGAUUCUGCGUCGAUUUCUUGUGAUUACAGUUAUCAUUCUAGUUGCUAUAUUACCCAUACACUUGUUAUUUCGAAAUAGCGACACUGGUUUCCCAUCAUUAGUAGGGUUUAUUAUCCCAUCACCAAAGAAACAACCAUUGCUACCUAAAACAACAACUACUACUACUACUACUACUACUCCUUCCUCUCACACAGCUGCCACUGCAUUAUCACCACAGGCUCAUCUAAAUAACCACAAUUCACAACAAUUGCUAGUAUUUCCUAAAAACUUUCAAGAUGAAGCAACUUAUAAACAAUUGUACCCCAUUGAAAAUAAACAAGUUAUCAACUAUUCGGGUAACAACUCAGCAUUAACCUAUGAUCAACUAAAACAUGCAACAACGCCACACAAGAUUCACCUAUUCAACUCAUUUACCACCAAUUCCAAGCAAUGCUCUAAAUCGAUGCAAUCACUCGACCUAACCAUUAGUGAAAAUUUUAUUUUUGAUGCUGAUUUCAAAAGCAUGGUUGAAAUACUUGAACAACAAUUGAAACUGGAUCCCGCUUUUAAACACUUGGAUGGGUUUUUCCAGGGGAAAAUACCAACAAUGUUGAAAGAAAACACCAUUGGCAAACAUUUUUAUAAAUUUGCUGGUACUUCAGUAUGGUUAAAAGAAUACGGUGUGCACUUGAUGGUGUCACGUGUAUUGUUUUCGCGUCGUGGAUUGAAAUGGAACCCCCAAAUUUCCCUACUUUAUGCUCAAGUGUAUGAUGUUAAUUGGCAAGAAUUGACCAAUGUUGAGUUGGUGGUUCCGGUAAUGGAUACUGAUGGAGUUACGCGUGUGCAUGAAAAUUUAAAGUUUCCUCGAUUCUUGCCUAUUCCAUACUAUUUUGAUCAUCAAUAUACCAAGCGAAGAUGGUAUGGACCCGAAGAUACCAGGAUCAUGUUGGUUGAAAAUGAAUUGCAAAAGGAGGAACCAGUUGUCAUUUUCAAUGCUCAUCAACGUAAUAUCCACAAUUACACCCGCAUUGAUGAAGAUAAAUCGAUGCAAAUCAAUUUUGAAUUUCAUAGAGCCAUGUUUAUUGGAUGGCCAUUUAGGUAUCAGUUGGGUAAAGUAAACACUGAUGGUAUAUCCGAUUCGCGAUUUGAUAAUGUUAAAUUUACUCAAGUUAAAGAAUUUAGAAUUGCUAAAAAAAAGAGAAAGGCGGUGGAAAAGAAUUGGACUCCAUUUAUCAUUCCUAAAGAUCGUGAUUCACAGUCACCUGGAGAUAAAUACAUUUACUUGAUUUACCAAUGGGACAAUUUGGAAGUGUUAAAGUGUGAAUUACAACAAUUUAACAACAAUGAAGAUGGGAUCAGCAAUUGUGAAUUUAUUUACAAGGCUAAAAAACUGAAGAAGCAAAGUAAAGUGGGACCCAUUAGAGGUGGCACGGAAAUGAUUCCAUAUGGAUCAAUAGAUGCCACCUACAAGGACCAAAAUAUUUGGAUCGGGUUCUUACGAGCCCAUAUCAAGCAUUGUGGAUGUGGUAGAUCAAUGUAUCGACCCAAUUUCUACAUUUUUACUAAACUGGACACUAGUGAUUUGUUUCAAGUGCAAUACUUGUCAUCAUCAAUCUCUUUUAAUAUACCAGUUAGUGGGUGGAGAAAACACAAAGUACAAUGUGCAGCUAGAGAUCCCAAUGUACUUAUCCCCAAUGGUGUAUCUUUAUGGGAGGAUGAUCCAAUUACUAAAAAGGAUGUGCUUGGGUUGACUUUGAGCGUAGCUGAUGAGAAUAACAGUAUAUUGUACAUUUAUGGAUUGAAAGAUAUAGUGAAGGAUUUGUUAAACAAGAAGCAACAAAAAGAAACCGAGGGAACAAGUAGUAACAAUGGUGACGGUGAUGCCGAUGUGGAUAAUGAGCAGUUGAUGAAGUGUGUCCUUGAUGCCAGUAUUGAGUUUUGCAAAGCUUAUGGUGACGAACAAACGAAAUUGGGAGUGACUGAAGAUGUGUUGAAGAAGUUGGAGGAGGAAAAGAAGAAGUUGGAGGAGGAGAAGAAGAAGGUGGUGGAGGAUAAUAAGAAGUUGGAAGAAGCGGUAAAGGAACAGAAGGAGAGCAAGCAACGGGGAGAUUAG